GGUUAAUAUAUGAAAACAAACCCCAUUGCGACCCUAUAAUUAUGUGUAACAAAUUUUCCCACAUCAGAUAACCAGGUCAAUGUCUUAUUGCCGCAUUAGAUGCUUUUAGAUAUCAAGCAGACGAAUUCUGUGUUUACAUGAUCAGAUUACAGUCGUCUGCUGACUCUCUCAUAGGUAGUAAAGCUCCUCCCCUAAUGCAUAUAUGCUUAAUUGCCUGCCGGCCGGUAUUAUCUACUUUAAUCUACAGAAGGAGGUAACAGAUUUAAUUUGUUUUUGGAUUUAACAAUUUAUGUUAAAUAACUAGCUUAAAUACUUACCUGAUAUUUUUUGGCAGUAUAAAACAGACAUUGCAACCAAUAUUUUACAAGAUGGUCAUUUUAUAUUUAUAUAGAUGUGCCCUAGAAGGAACUUUUGGUAUGCUUUAACUUGUGUAAAAUACUUUUUUCAAAAAGGUAUUCAGCUUCAAAGAUAAAUAUACAUUAAACUUGAUAAUAACAUCUCGUGCAUACUGCGGUAACUUAGUACCUUAAUAUGAAUAAGUGGUGAUACAAAUGAUAUAUGUUUGUAUAAGUAGUGUGUUUUCAAAGAGUAAUACAUACCAGCGCGCACUUAUUUAUCAACGCUUGUCAAACUAUAUGUAUAUGCAUAUGUACAUGCAUGACAAUGAUUACUUUAUACACAUUUUGAUAUAGAGUGGAUAUUAUUUGUGUUCACAAAUGCUCAGGAUUUAGACAAAUGUCAAAUGCUUAGAAUUUAGAAAAAUGUGAAAGUUAUACUGAUACUCUUUUUGACAUUGUCCGAUACAAAAGUGGGAUUAUACAUCACUAUCACUUAAACGGUACAGAGAUGAAGCAGCAAAACGUGCAAGGAAUAUGGAUUGCAGUUCCUGUUCUAAACAAGAUAAAGACAAAAGAUAAACUUGAAAUGUUCCAUAUUCUCUGGUGCUGUUUAAGAAAAGUUUUCGAAGAUAUGAAAAUUAGUUUGAAAAGAAUACAAAUUAUAAUUGAAUAGUAGAAACUGGUAACACGAAUGUGACAACUUAUUAUUAAAACUGACGUUCCUAUCUGGUCUGAACUUAGACUGUUACAGCAAACCUAAACAUUAUUAAUGGUAUGGACGUUUACUACUCCGAUAUGGCAAAUGAUACUGCAAAUGCAGAAAAUAAUUCCCUCUAUGAAGAUAACUAUUACUUUGACUAUGGAGACGAAUACAUGUAUCCAGGUUACCAGUUUGAAAGGCCUGUCUACUUAUAUAUUUGGGAAAUUUUAGUGAUAGUAACUUUCAUCCAAAACAUUCUAAUAUUAUCAGUCCUUAUGCACAAAAAGAUGCGCAAUCCAACAAACACCAUUCUCUCCGGGAUAGCAAUUUUCGAUUCUUUGACUGGACUUGUAACUCUGCCAACUUACAUCAUGGUGUUCCAGAGGUAUGAUCCAUUACUAAUAUCUGACAACCAGUCUGGAGAAAUAUAUUUCGAAAGUAAUGGAAUUUUGAGCAACAAUAUGUAUCCUAAUAAUGUGACCUUAAACCAGUUGAAUUACGAUAAUAGGAAUUUCUCUUACUACAUCGGCUCAAUACUCAAUGCUUCAGAAACAUUGCCACCAACAGUCUAUCUUUCAGCAACACAGUCACCAGUGGACGGAUAUACCCUAAGCAAGAAUCUUUGUCGUGGUUUCAUGAUCUCAAAAUUUUUCUUAUCGAAAUCAUUCCAUACAAUCUCAGUGUUUCUGAUAUUAUUUCUUGAAAUGCAGAGAUACGUCUCCAUGGCAUAUCCUUAUAGGUAUGAAACAUGUUUUAAUACGUUUAGAACGGUAAAUAUAUAUUGUGUAUCUGCAUUCGUUUUGUGUCCAUUUCUCCACGCUUAUCAUUUUGGAAGUGAAAAGGCAAUAGGAGGUAUGUGUCAAUGGGAACUUCAUGGAAAUGGCUGCGGAAAAGACUGUAUAUAUUUAUGGAUAGCAUUUGUAGUGCGACAUUUCAUUCCAUGUGUAACACUUGUGAUAUUUACACUUUUGUUUAUACAUCAACUUAGAAAAGGAGAGAAAUCUUUUCAAAGGAUGGAUAGUAACCCAUCGCAGUAUUCCAGAAGGGUCCAUGAAAAUCGACGUAUUACUCUUAUAGUAACAGCUGUUGUUGUGGUUCGAUUAAUUCCCGAAAUAGCAUAUAGCAUUUUCCUUUUAUAUAAUAGCAUAGACGCGACAGUUUAUUCGGGGAAAGACAUAGAACUUGAGAUUAACAGAAUUUUUCAUAUGUGCUAUGAAAUUUGUCUCAUAUGUUCGUUUCUAGCUAACUUCUAUAUAUAUUUAAUUUUCAAUAAGUCGUUUCGAAAACGCCUGUAUCGAACAUUUAUUGAACCUGUGAGAAAACAAGUACGUGUUUUAUUCAGAUUGCAUGACUUUCAGUCAUCUAAAACUAGAAGAAGCACGAUGAAGUUUGCAGAAUCAGUUAAAACUGGCGAGGACAUUGAAAUGAAAAUUGUUCAUUCCGAAUUUUCUGACAAAUUUGUCAAAAUCGGAACGAAGUUAAGAGAAUAGUGUUGCAAUCUACAUUCAAAUCAGGAUUCCGUCAGCUAUAUUCGUAUUUUAAAACAAGUAACAGACUGAGUAUAGGUCUGGUAUAUUUAAAACUAUUGCUUCUCGUCGUGCUAAAACAAUUAUUUCUACGUAUAUAAAGCCAUUGAUUGAAAAUAUAAGGAUCCAUGAAAUUCAAAAUAUAUCAAAAAGAAUCUUAAAUAAUUCAUAAAUUCCUAUAACAUGACAUAAUAAAUCAUCCUGAUUCACCAGUUGAUCAUGUUGAAAUUGGGAUCAAAUCAAAUGUGAUUAAAUUACUUUAAACGGACUAAAUAAUUCAUCUUUUUGUUCAUGUCAGCCACUGCAAAAUGUAGCAGUUUAAUUUCAUACUAGGCGUAUCAAUGUAAUAAAAAUUAUUUGCAUA